UAUCACACCCUCCUCCUCCUCCUCCUCCUCCUCCUACCACACAGUUUACCACCACCACCACCACCACCACCCACUACCACUGAUGCCCCUUACAAUAUACAAGAUGGAAGGUUGUACAGACCCAGGAAUGCUGUGAAGCGUCCAAUGAACAAAUACCUGCUGUUUUUCCAAGACUGUCUGCAGCGGGUGAGGCAGGAACACCCCACAGACUCCUAUCCAGCCCUCACCCAGCGUGUUGCCGCCCUCUGGAACGCCCUGCCCCCCGCCCAGAAGCAGGAGUGGGAGAAGAGAGCACAGGACAUUCACCAACAGCACCAGGCAGAUCACCCAGGCUACACGUACAACCCCCGCGAGGCAGCACAGCGCCACCGGGAGUACCAGCAUAUGAGGGAAGAGCGGAGGGGCCUGUACCGAGCUGCCCCGUCCCCUGGCACACCUCGCGGCCUGGCUGGGGAGAAGAGGCGGGGUGGAAGGGCUGGGAGAAACUGGAGGCCUCUUGCGCUGUCUGAGUGGCAUUUCAUAGGUGGACGCUAGGUCUGUGAGGGAGUCAGAGUGCGUGUCCCCCCAGCAGCGCCAGCAGAGACAGCAGCAGCAUGAACUCAGAAGAACUCUCAGCUCUCGGUACAGCAGCUUGUGACUGAGCCCGUAGAUCAAAGGGUUCAUCAUGCAGG